CUCAGUCAUCCCUACCCCCAGAAGCUGUGCAGGGGUCAGAGCCCAAGCUGUGCCCACGUGAUCCCAUGCAUGGCUCAUUAGAUCUGCCCAAGGGAGGCAGUAUCAUACUUACUUCAGCCAUGAGGACUCUGACACUCAGAGAGGCCAUGUGACUUGCCCAGGGCUACAUGUCGAGGAUACAGCCAGGCUGGGGUCUGAGCCAAGGACAGCAAGGAUGGCACUCAGAAGAUCAGAGCCCAGAAGGAACUUGGAGCUCAUUUAAUUCAGUCCCUCACUUUUUCAGAUUGGGAGACUGAGGCCAAGAGACCAGCAGGUUCUGCUACGUUGUGACCAUGGGGAAAUCACAGUCUCUCCCUGGGCUUUGAUAUCUCCCUCUGGUGGAAAAGAAACAGAGCCCCCUCCUGCCAAGGCUUCGGAACUUUUCCACUGUUGGCAUGGCUCCUGGAUCAGAACACAGCAAAUUUCCCAACUGGGUGAGAAGAUAGGUCUGCAGGCAGGUAAGCGUCCAGCCUGGCCACUCAGCCCUAUCCACCUUGGCUCAGCACAGCCACUGGCUCCUCCGGCCCAUCCAGCCCCGUGCAGCCCCGGCUCUGCUCUCUGCAGCUAAAAGCUGGCCUGGAGUUUCUUCCUGGAGAAGCCCGUUUGCCCUAACAGCAGCCUUCCCCUGCGGCCAGCUGCCUCUAACUCUCACCAGCCUCUCCCUCCAGCCUGGAGAGAAUAUGUACUCUGCUAGAAACUCUGCAUGCACUGUGCCCAGACAGAGCAUGAGUGUGGCAACAGAUGGUUUCACCCUGACCCAAUAAGAAGAUCUCUGAGGCUCAGUUUCCUCAUCUGCAGAUAUGAUGGGAAACCUCCCAGCAGGGCUGCACUAAACCCAACCAUCUCACUCUGUCUUCAACUCUAUGUGCGUAGCUCUCCCAGGAGACUGUGAACUCUCUGGAGACCUAGCUGAGUGAUCUGAGGUGGAAACCAAAGCUUCUGAAUCCUCCAAGUGGCCUGUCUUGGUGGAAAGAGUCUAAGACCAGAUCCAGAGGCCUAGAUUCCAGGACCAAGGCUGGUGCAGACUAGCUGUUGACCUGAGGCUGCUCCCCAUUCCCACCCCAGCCUGAAGAUUCAUUUGUGAAAGAAAGGGUCAGGGACUCAACUGUCUGCAAGCAAUUUUUCGUGCUUACAUAAUCUUUGACACAAGAACGUUUUGUUAGAAGAGGGAGAGACGCUGGAGAUGGUUCUGGAAAAUCAAGUGGAUCUGCUCCAGGGGUUCCUGGGGCAGAGAGGCAGUGAACAUCAAUGCAACCUGGCCUUGGAUUGCUCAGUCAAGGUGAAGGCUGGUAUUUGGAGGAGCCCACAGCACCGUUGGCAUCAAAGAGCUAAAUACAACACUGGCUGGGCAGUGGCAGCCAGGAGGAAAGAUGUUGACAGACCCUAAAGGAGAAGAAGAUGCCCCGUCAGCUUGGGCUCCAUCAGGAAGAGGGCAGUCCCUCUGAAGGCAUGGGUCCUUCCCAUCACUGAAACAUGAGUGAGAGAGCACCCAGAGAACGUGGCAGGGAGAGAAAUCAGCAGAGUUGCUGAACCCAGAAAACGAAAGGGGAGCCCUUCCCUGGGUAAUGAGUAGCCUGGGCAAGCAGUAUGCUGCAGAAAAUAUUGGAAAAGUCAGCUCUUUCUAGUGACGUGGUAGAGUGAUAUCACUUAGUAGAACUUGAAACAAGAGCAGAAGAAGAAGUAAUGACGUAGGAAUCUUAAGCGAUCAUCUAAGAUCUGAUGCUCAAAAGAUACUGUGGGACGUGGAGCAGAGAAGGAACAGUAGCUCUUUCAAGGCACUUAUCAUAGCUCUAACUAAUCAUUAACCAAGUGAUUGGCUUUUAAAAAAAAUAUUUAUUUACUAAUUUGGCUCUUCUGGGUCUCAGUUGCCACAUAGGGAAUCUUCGUCUUAGUAUCUGGGAUCUAGUCCCCUGACCAGGGAUUGAAUUCAGGCCUUCUGCACUGGGAGUACAGAGUCUUAACCACUGGACCACCAGGGAAAUCCUAUGUGGUUUGCUUUUAAACCCACCAUCCUUCUACUAGAAUUUAAGCCUUGUAAAGGCAGGGACCUUAUGUGCCUUAUUUACCUUCUCACGGCCUUGUUUAUUGUAGGUACUUACUAAAUACAUUAUGGAAGAAGGAAGGAGUAAAUUGUGGGUUAAGAUGGAAGAAUGAUAGCCCCAGUCCUUCAAACUCAGUCAUAAAUGAUUUGGAUUGCAAUCAUUGUAGAGUGAACUAUACAGAAUUCUCCUUCCAAACUUCUGUUUUAUCUAGUUUCCAGAUGCUCUGACUGCCUGUCACCCUGGCAUAUAGCUCUCUCCCACCAUGUAUGCCUCAGCCUGUAAUGGGUCAAAAGACUCUUCACCCAUCUUCUACCUGGUGGGCAUUCCCUCUCUACAGGAUGUCUUCUUUCUCCCUGUCUUCUUCACCUUCUUGUCCUUUUACCUGCUUAUCCUGGUGGGUAAUGCCCUGAUCCUGGUGGCUGUGGUGAUAGAGCCUAGACUCCAUAAACCCAUGUACUUCUUCCUGAUCAACCUCUCAGCCCUGGACAUCCUCUUCACCACAUCCACUGUCCCAAAGAUGCUAUCCCUCCUCUUACUUGGGGACCACUACCUCAGCUUCUCUGCCUGCUUCCUGCAGAUGUACCUCUUCCACAGUUUCUCCUGCUCUGAAGCCUUCAUCCUGGUGGUCAUGGCCUAUGACCGCUAUGUGGCUAUCUGCCGCCCACUGCACUACCCUGUGCUCAUGACCCCACAGACCAAUGCUGCCCUGGCAGCCAGUGCCUGGCUCACUGCCCUCCUUCUGCCCAUCCCAGCAGUGGUGCAGACCUCCCACAUGGCUUUUGACAGCACUGUUUACAUAUACAACUGCUUCUGUGACCACUUAGCUGUGGUCCAAGCCUCCUGCUCUGACACCACACCCCAGACCUUCAUGGGCUUCUGCAUCGCCAUGGUGGUGUCCUUCCUGCCCCUUCUCCUGGUGCUUCUCUCCUAUGCCCACAUCCUAGCCUCAGUGCUUCGCAUCAGCUCCCAAGAAGGACGCUCCAAAGCCUUCUCCACCUGCAGCUCCCACCUCCUGGUGGUUGGCACUUACUACUCAUCCAUUGCCAUAGCCUAUGUGGCCUACAGGGCUGACCUACCCCUCGACUUCCACAUAGUGGGCAACGUGGUGUUUGCUAUUCUCACACCUGUCCUCAACCCUCUCAUCUACACGCUGAGGAACAAGGAUGUCAAAGCAGCCAUCACCAAAAUAGCAUGUCCUCAAGACCUAGGGCAUCAUGAGGACCUUUGAUCCUUAGAUAUAGUUAAUCCUGCACCCAGGAUACCUGUGUGUUAAGAAGAGAGAAUGCCAUAAAAAAUUUUUUUUGAAGGAAAGAAUGACUUAUAGCAAGACCAAAAAUGCACUAUUGGAGCUUCCCUUUCCAAAAUUAAUGAAAAGCUAAGUAAUGAAAUCAAUCCUUUUGUGGAAAGAAAUAAGAAUGUCAGAUACAGUAUGUAAAGUAUCUUCUUAAAAGUAUCAAUUAGAUUUUUUAACAUAAUAGGUCUAAAGUAAGAAUAAAGACAGGAAUGCAGACAAAGUAGUUAUUAAGACAUAGAUAGACAUGUAGAUCAAUGAAACACAGCAGAGAGCCCAGAAACAGACCCUUGAAUAGAUGGGCAAUUGAUAUAUAAGUGACACUGUAGGUCAGUGUAUGAUAGUAUUAUAACUAUCAGAUAUCCACUUGUCAAAAGAUGAAAUUUGUCUCUUACCUCAAACAUACAUAAAAAUUAAUCCCAGAGUCCUUAAAAAACUGGAAAUAGAACUGCCAUAUGACCCAGCAAUCCCACUCCUGGACAUACACACCAAGGAAACCAGAUCUGAAAGAGACACGUGCACCCCAAUGUUCAUCGCAGCACUGUUUAUAAUUGCCAGGACAUGGAAGCAACCUUGAUGCCCAUCAGCAGAUGAAUGGAUAAGGAAGCUGUGGUACAUAUACACAAUGGAAUAUUACUCAGCCAUUAAAAAGAAUUCAUUUGAAUCAGUUCUAAUGAGAUGGAUGAAACUGGAGCCCAUUAUACAGAGUGAAGUAAGCCAGAAAGAAAAAGACCGAUAUAGUAUACUAAUGCAUAUAUAUGGAAUUUAAAAAGAUGGCAACAAUAACCCUAUAUGCAAAGCAAAAAAAGAGACACAGAUGUACAGAACAGACUUUGGGACUCUGUGGGAGAAGGCAAGGGUGGGAUGUUCUGAGAGAAUAUCAUUGAAACAAGUAUACUAUCAAGGGUGAAACAGUUCACCAGCCCAGGUUGGAUGCAUGAGACAAGUGCUCAGGGCUGGUGCACUGGGAUGACCCAGAGGGAUGA